GCAGCUGAUCCCCGGAGAAUUAGUGGAAAGUGGGGUUUUCCGGUUUCUCACGAUGACUUGGUUCGAUGGAAUGCCCGCUACACACUUGGCGGUUGACAAACUUAGAAAACUCCGUAUUUCGUGGAUAACAUGUAAAAAGGUGACCGAGAGAUGAGAGCGAGCAUGGGAUGGUCCAAGGAUGCUUGGUUUCUUGUUAUUUUGGUGUGGUUCGCAUUCUACAGUCCACUUGCUGAGACCAAGUCAAACUGCAGCACUCCUCUGGAAAUCAGAGACAAAUGGUACUUCCGGGAUGAACCCGGCUCCAUGCUGCGAGUGAGGAAGAAAAGUAUGGUGUUCAAACAAAAAGGACAGAAGACUAUCCGAUACAAAUGUCUGGAGGCCAAAGGACAGACGUUCAUGCUAAGGACACGCGUAAACGGCGUUGGGCUACAUGGAAUAGUCUGCAUUGGUUUUGUAUCGGUUGAUGAACCCGGUGCCGACUACAGCUUGUGGAGACUCUCUCAAAGGGCGUCUGGUCACACAUUAAUGGCACCGUUGUUAAUUUCGAGUUCUGUGACGUUAAGUAUUAAUACCUUGUGUAACGGGGCCCAGACUAAGACACAGUACUUCAUACACAGGGCAAAAAAGACUUGUCGAUUUCCGACAACGCUUCGCGCCAUGUGGCAGACGACUAUCCAAGGAGCUUGGCGCUUGUCAUUUUCAAAAUACGGCAUGCAUUAUAUCACCAUGAACAGGACUACACUGCAUUUCAGUUGCGAUACACGAGACAAAGACAACUUCAUACUAAGAACUAACAACAUACAGACUGGAAUAGAUGGAGUGUUAUGCCUUCAUAUCAUACCACUGCACGGAGAUCCUCACUAUAAAUACCAGAUCUCCAGAACUAACUUGGGAAACGAUGCUUCAGUUUUUCAAAUGGUGACACAUGUACCUCACGGAACCAAAUUCCGCAUGUACAAAGACUGUGACUUGAUUGAGAGUCCAGCGAGACCCCAAUUUCUGUAUCCUUGACAGCUAUCAUUUUAUAAAUGGAAUUAGAAUUGACUCAUACUUGACUAUUAAAAAUAAAUUAUGCCUAUGUUUAUUACAAAA